UAAUGAUUCUCAAGUUCAAGAGGCCCUAAACAUCCAGAAGGUAUGAUAAAGGAUGUUACACAAUACUAAAUGAAUUUAUGUUACUUUUUAAUUGUCAAUGCAUAGAGCUUAAACUCAAACUGGAAUAUCACCAAAAUACUCCUUUUGAUAACAGGGCGUUAUUGGAAAAUGGAUGCGAUGUAGACAUUCUGUAUUUUCAUACUAUAAAAUAAAGGUCACGAAUACCAUACCAUAUCAUGUAACCCGCAGUAGCAAAGGUUACAGAUUUCUUAUCUACAGUGGAGAUCAUGACAAGCAAGUUCCUUUCCAAUCAACUAUCGCAUGGAUAAAAUCUCUUAACUACUCUGUUGUUGAUGAAUGGCGACCAUGGUUCGUUGAUGAUCAAGUUUCCGGUUACACGAGAAGUUACUCCAAUUGGAUGACAUUUGCGAUAGUGAAGGAAAGUAAACCUCCUUUCAAGCUAGUUUCGUUCACCUUGUUUUCAGAGAAUUCUGCCAAAUAAUUUGUGUUUAAAAGUGCAUCUUUUUUGUUUAACAGGGAGCAGGGCAUACUCCAUCGAAGUAUAAACCUCGUGAAAGUCUGGCGAUGUUUAUAAGGUGGUUGUCUUACCAACCUUUGUGAUCAACAAAUGUAUCACUAUCUGUUGGCAAAUCUGGCUACUGGACCAGUGAAGUCAGUUCAGAUUUAGAUUUAUUGGAAUAAUAAACGAGUUCUUUUUAUUUAGUAGUUUUAUCUAUUGUACUUACUAUUGAUUAUUGCAACGUUAACUGAAAGUACUUCCACUUGUAGAAAUUCAUUUAUCGUUGCUGUUAAUUCUUAUCAUUUGGCAUUUGAGC